CUGGAUAAAAACUAUUCGUUUACCUUCAAAAAAAGUGCAAAGUAUUGUGACAAAUUACUCAGACAACACUUAUAUGUUCAGAAGGUAUUAUUGAUUUUUCAAUUAUUUUGUAAUAAAAAAAUCAAUGUUAUAUUUUCAAGCAUUGCAAGAUUUGAAUUUUCAGAAAGAUUAUUUCAUAUAAAUCAAAUUCCUAAUGUUAGUCCAACUGGUCGAUUCACCACUGCAGGACCAUUUCUUAUCAUUUUAUUUGUUUCGGCUAUGAAAGAAAUAUUUGAAGAUAUUAAGAGAAGAAAAUCUGAUCAAAAAGUUAAUAAUUAUCGUGCAGCAGUAAUCAGAGACCACAAAUGGACAUAUUGUUUAUGGAAGGAUUUGCAAGUGGGUGACAUUGUGAGAGUGGAAAGUGGUCAAAUGUUUCCUGCGGACAUGGUUCUGUUGUCAUCUAGCGAACCGCUAGGGAUGGCUUAUAUUGAAACGUCAAAUUUGGAUGGGGAAACAAAUUUGAAAAUUCGACAGGGGCUUCAAAUUACUUCAAAUCUAAUAGCAACUGAAGCAAUUGGAAAUUUUCAGUGCGAGGUUGAAUGUGAACAUCCAAGUCGUGAUGUAAACGAGUUUACGGGGACGUUGCAUUUAAAUGAUUUGUAUCGCCCUUUAAGCAUUACUCAGUUGUUAUUGCGUGGUGCUCGAUUAAAAAAUACGCAUUGGAUAUGUGGAGCAGUGUUAUAUACUGGACAUGACGCAAAACUUUUAAUGAAUUCCACGACUGCUCCUUUGAAACAAUCUAGAAUUGAUGUUAUUACUAAUCAACGAAUUUUAUUUUUAUUUUUCGUGCUUAUUGUUCUCUCAUUGGUAAGCGCUACAGGAGCUGAGAUAUUUUUAGAGCGAGGAUUUCUCGGCUUUUUCUGGAAUAUAAUAACUUUCUUUAUUUUAUACAAUAACUUGAUUCCCAUUUCAUUGCAAGUUACGCUGGAAUUAGUGCGAUUUUUCCAAGCAAUGUUAAUAAGUAAUGAUAUUGCCAUGUACGAUGAGCAGUCAGACAGUUGUGCGGUAGCAAGAACGUCAAAUUUAAACGAGGAAUUGGGACAGGUGAAAUUUAUAAUGAGCGAUAAAACCGGAACGUUAACUCGUAAUAUUAUGAAAUUCAAAAAGUGCUCAGUAGGAGGUAUAAGUUUUGGAAGUGAUGAAGCAGACUCCUUUGAAGAUCGUGGUUUGUUGGAACUCAUUGGAACAUCAAAAGAAUUUCUUCGAAUGAUGGCCAUUUGUCACACGGUUGUACCAGAAUUUGGAAAAGAUGGAAUGAUACAUUAUCAAGCUUCUUCACCUGAUGAAGGAGCACUUGUUCGUGCUGCUGCAUCCCUUGGAUUUGUGUUUCAGACGAGAAAACCACAGAGUAUUCUUCUUGGUAAUCUUAAAACUUAUAAAAUCUUGAAUGUAUUGGAAUUCACGAGUGAUAGGAAAAGAAUGGGUGUUGUUAUCCAGUGUCCUGAUGGUGUCCUUAAAUUAUAUGUCAAAGGAGCGGACACAGUGGUUUUUCAGAGAUUAUGUGACAAUUCACCAGAUCUUAAUAACUGUACUAGCCACUUAUUAGAUUAUGCAUCGAAAGGUUAUCGAACUCUUUGUUUUGCGAUGCGAAUAUUGAAGUCUAGUGAAUACAAAAAAUGGGCAAAAGAAUUUGAAGAUGCUUCUAUUUCUAUUGAUAAACGAAAAGAGAAAUUGGCUGAAUGUGCAGACAAAAUUGAAAAAAAUCUUACUUUAAUUGGUGCAUCUGCAAUUGAAGAUAAACUCCAAGAAUAUGUACCGGAAACAGUUGCUGCAUUGCACGUUGCCCAAAUACGUAUAUGGAUGUUAACUGGAGAUAAACGUGAAACUGCUAUCAAUAUAGCUCGUUCAGCAGGUAUUAUCCAUUCAGAGAUGAAGUGUUGGUUGAUCGAUAUUAAUUCAAGUGGGGAAGUUUUUGAAAAACUUUGUGAGUACAACAUUGGCAUUCAGGCAUCUGCUGUUCAAAAUGCUCUAAUUAUUGAUGGCUGUACGUUGAGAUACAUCAUUGAAUCGAAAUGUAGAGAAGUUUUUGGUAAAUUAGCUAUAAUAUGCUCUGCAGUGGUAUGCUGUAGAAUGACGCCAAUGCAAAAGGCCGAGGUUGUUGAAAUGGUUCGCGAAGUUGGAAAUCAUGUAGUUUUAGCAGUUGGUGAUGGUGCAAAUGAUGUAGCUAUGAUACAAGCUGCUAAUGUUGGUGUUGGAAUAUUUGGCGAAGAAGGAUUACAAGCCGCAUCUGCCAGUGAUUAUGCUAUUGCACAAUUUCAUUUUUUGCGUAGGCUUUUGCUGGUUCAUGGUGCAUGGAGUUAUGAACGAGGUGUCAAGGUGAUAUUGUAUUGUUUUUACAAAAAUAUUUGUUUAUAUUUGAUUGAAUUAUGGUUUGCAAUAUAUUCCGCUUUCUCUGGCCAGACAAUAUUUGAAAGAUGGACCAUUGCUCUAUUUAAUGUGGCAUUCACGGCAUUACCCCCUAUAAUACUUGGAUUGUUUGAUAGACCACUCUCGGAUCAAAUGAUGCUUUCUUACCCAGGAUUAUAUGAAAGUUUUCACAAACGAGCAUUUACUGUUUGUCAGUUUUUAGAAUGGGUUGGUUUGGCGGCGUGGCAUUCUUUGCUUCUUUUUUUUUUAUCAUAUCUGUUUCUUCAUAAUGCUGUAGUAUGGCCCAACGGUAGAGUAGGUGGUUGGUUGAUGUUGGGAAAUUCGUGCUAUACGUUUGUUGUUACUACAGUUUGUUUAAAAGCUUUAUUGGAAUCCGAUUCGUGGACCGUAGUUACAGUAUGUUCUUGCAUUGGCUCAGUUAUGCUAUGGUUUAUUUUUCUUCCUGUUUACUCAUUUUUGGAAGAAUAUGUAAUCUUUCUCUGGCCUCUUUUUCCGAUUGGAGAACAAAUGUGUGGUAUGGCGUAUAUACUUUUGAGUUCAUCAUCUUUUUGGCUUGCAUUCAUUUUUAUUCCAAUAAUCACUUUAUUAACUGAUUUAGUCAUUAAAACGAUUCGGGUUACUUUGGCGCCGACUCCAAGAGAAAUGGCUUAUUCACAUGAUCAAUUCAAGAAGCAGAAACGUGAUUUGUAUUGCGAAUUAGACUGGUAUUUUUUAUCUAACGUCAUUCGAUGUUACGGCACGUAA